AUGCAGCAGGCCGACACGGAUGAGGAGGAAGAUGCGCCUGAGAGACAGGUCGAGGUUGUUCCAGGGCAGCAAAUUGAUGCAGACGAAGAUCUUUUGGAUGACUAUGAUGUCGAUGAGGAAGAAAUUCAAUGCCUGCACUCGCGCGUUCGUGAUAUUCCAGCACUUCGACUUGAACGCUUCCCAAAGCUGAAAAAGUUGUGCUUGCGACAGAAUGCGAUAUCGAGGAUAGAGGGUUUGCCGACAACAUUGACGGAGUUGGAUCUUUACGAUAAUUCAAUUGGCCAUAUGGAUGGCAUUGCCAGUCUGGAGACGCUGGAAAUGCUGGAUCUGUCCUUCAAUCGCAUCAAGCACAUCAAGCAUCUCGAUCAACUCGGCAAUACACUCAAGCUCUUGUACCUCGUGCAAAACAAGAUUUCACGCAUCGAACAUCUCGAGAAUCUCGUUCACUUGACCAUGCUGGAACUCGGCGCCAACAAGAUUCGCGAGAUUGAAGGGCUUCAGCGUCUCAAAAUGCUAGAGGAACUUUGGCUGGGUAAGAACAAAAUCACCUCGCUUGCUGGUGGGUCUUUGGCAGGUUUGCCCAAACUACGCCUUUUGUCCAUUCAAUCGAAUCGUCUGACAUCGCUCGAGGGAAUUGAAGAGGUGGCCGAAACGCUUGAGGAGUUGUAUGUUGCUCAGAAUGGCCUGACGAGCCUAGCGCCCUUGUCAAGUUUGAAGAAGCUACAAGUCUUGGAUAUUUCGAGCAACAAGCUUGAACAUCUCACCGAUAUCGCACAUUUGAAGGAACUACGAGAACUUUGGGCGAGUAACAAUCUACUCACAAGCUUCGAGGAGAUUGAACGGGAGUGUAAAGAGCUGCCUGUGUUGGAUACGGUUUAUUUUGAGGGGAACCCAAUGCAGCGACAAAAUCCAACAACGUACCGCAACAAGGUCAAGCUCAGUGUUGGUCCACAAAUCAAGCAAAUUGAUGCAAACAUUUUGAGGGCAUAA